AUGCAAGCUGUCGUUUUCAAGGGCCCGUCGAAGGUAGCCGUCGAGCAAAAGCCCAUCCCCCAGAUCCAAGAUCCAACAGAUGCCAUCCUGAAGGUGCGAUACACUGCGUUAUGUGGCAGUGAACUUCAUGUGUUUCGUGGCCACCAAAAGUCUGGCACAGAGUUUAUUAUGGGCCAUGAGUUUACAGGUGAAGUUGUCGAGGUUGGAUCGGACAUUAAGAGCUUCCAAAAGGGAGAUCGAGUAGUCUCGCCCUUUACUGCGAGCUGUGGGGAAUGCUUCUACUGUGAGCGUGGCUUCUCCUCUCGAUGCGCUCAAUGCCAGCUAUUCGGUACUGUUCUACUUGAUGGUGGACAGGCCGAGUACGUACGUGUUCCACUAGCCGACUCGACUCUUGCCCACGUCCCAGCUACCAUAGACGAGAAGAAGCUGGUUCUUAUGGCUGAUAUCUUCCCAACCGGGUACUUUGCUUCUCUGAAUGCUUUCUCUGAUUUAUCUCCGGAGGAGAUUCAAAAAAGCACGGUACUCCUCUUUGGGUGUGGGCCUGUCGGAAUCUGCGCACUUAUUAGUGCCCUCGAUUACAAGCCGAAGACUCUCAUUGCAAUUGACAGUGUGCCUUCCAGAUUAGCCCUUGCACAGAGUUUGGGAGCCGAGCCUUGGAAUUUCAAGGAGGACGAAGAAGGACUGCGCCAAAGAGUGAUGGAGCUUACUGACGGUCGUGGAGCGGAUAUCGUUAUUGAAGUUGUCGGACAUAGUAGCGCUCUCAGGAUGGGUUUCGAUUUGUUACGGCCUUGGGGCCGUAUAUCGAGUGUGGGCGUCCACAACCAGGAUAUCCCAUGGACUGGGAACGAAGCCUACGGAAAGAAUCUUCGUAUACAGAUGGGCCGAUGCCCUGUUCGGAGUAUCUUCGGUCCAGCCAUGGAGCUUUUCGAGAAAAAGCAGGAUAUACUUAACUUCAUGUCUGAAGAUAUCCGUCCACUCUCACAGGCAGUUCAGGCAUAUGAUGAUUUCGAUAACAUGCGGGCCCAUAAGGUGAUUUUUGAGGCAGAUAAGUGA